AGUUUAUCAACAAACGUGUUGCUGUUUGAUGUCGUCAGGCAUGUAAGCUAAAAGUGCUGACGCAGAGGCUACUGGGAUAUGCAGUCUUAUAUUGUGCACUGGCCGUUUAAACUGUAUUAUGAGAAGCAGGCAAAAGACUACAACUCCCUACAACACAUUUAACAACACGCCCCGGCUAGAACACGAAACUUCCUUUGAGUUGCCGCUGCUGUUGCGAUUUCUGAACAAAACAUUGAUUUACCAGUUUGGAAAGGUGUAAUAAUUUCAAGAGGAAGAUGUCUGAGCUGAGCGACGAGGCGAGCAGUGAGUCGGAUCAGUUAGGCGCGAGUCUGUCCGUGUGGCUGGCGGACGGAGGAGACGCUCUGAUCGGCCCGGAGGAGCUGAAUGUGCCGCUGGAUCUUCACACCGCCUGCUCCAUCGGACAGUAUGAUGUGGUGGCCGAGUGCAUCCGCAGGGGAGAUGUGGAUUUGGAUGGGAAGAACAUCGGCGGCUGGACUCCUCUGAUGUACGCUGCAUAUAUCGGUCACGAUAACAUCGCUAACCUGCUGCUGGAGACGGGCGUCAGUGUCAAGGCCACCACGUCUAAAGGACUCACACCGCUGAUGCUCGCCGCCAGCUGCGGAAACGAGAGCAUCGCCUACUUCCUACUGCAGCAAGAAGCGCAGCUUGAAUGUAAGGAUGUGCGCGGGUGGACGGCUCUGCUGCACAGCACAGCUACUGGACAUCAGCAGAUGGUCAAAUUCUUAUUAGAGCAUCACGCCAAUGCAAAUAUCAAAGAGCCGCUGUCAGGAUUCACACCGCUCAUGGAAGCUGCUGCAUCCGGUCAUGAAAUCAUCGUUCAGUACCUGCUCAACCAUGGCGUAGGAACGGAGGAGAGGAACAUGAAGGGAGAAACGGCGAGAGCUCUGGCUAUGAUGUACGGACACACUAAAAUCGCCAGCCUCAUCGACAUGCACGUCAUGAGAGCCAAAUCAUCUCUGUAUGAGGAGCUGAGCUCGUCUGAAGAAGAGAGUGCGACUCCUAGAGUCCGGUCAGCUCGCAGCAGAACCAGAGGACCCAGCAUUCACGACGGCCCUCAAGCUAUCGCACGCUUCAGAGUCGACUCCAAACACGAGGUUCCUGUGGCUCCACCUGGAUACGUGACGUUUCGGGACGUUGGCGAUCAGAGCGAAGGAAUCUGCAAUCGUGAUGUCACUUCCCCCAUCAAUGAGCUCGACGGCCAGAGCAACAGCAGUAGAGAUGAGCUGUUGUUUGAUAACGACAUGCCCACCAUGAGGAGCAGCAGCAGCAGCAGCGAGGGUCUGUCUCAUCUCCUCGGACUCAGCAGGGAGGCGUCGCUGGAGAGCAACGAGGACUCGGAUCAAGCAAAGAGGAGUUGUCCACGUCGAUCCAGCAAACUCCAGCACUCCAAAGGCAGGAGUCCCGGUAACAGCAGCAGCGGUUACCGCGAGGCUCCGUCUUCCUCUGGACCUCCCCCUUCAUACACUGGACCCAAGGAUCUCGCAGGGUUCCUUGAGCAGAUCGGGUUCAGUAAGUACCUUCCCCUGCUGGAGGAGCAAGACAUCGACCUGAGGAUCUUCCUCACGCUUACUGAGAACGACCUCAAGGAAGUUGGCAUCACUCUGUUUGGUCCUAAGAGGAAGAUGACAUCAGCAAUAGCCCGUUGGCACAGUAAUGCACGGCCACCCAGUGAUGUGUUAGAGCAGGCGUAUGCGGACCAACUGGAGGCCGAGAUGCAGGAAAUGGCCAUUCAGCUUCAUAAGGACACUCGCUUUUACCGACGGAGGGUGAAAAACCACCCUGAACACAGACAGAGAGAUGAGCCGCGCCGCUUCAGUACCACAUGAGUUCAGAUGGAGAUGACAGGCCGAACGAGGACCAAGACGACGGCAGGCGGCCAAAAAUAACAAGCCGGCGAAGAGCAUCUCUCGCAUGUGCUCCAGUUACGUGGUACAUUCAUCAUGAGAACUGACCAAUCACAGACAGAGCUGUGUAAGACAGGGUGGAGCCAGAGGAUUUGAACUUCCUGUCAGGAAUUCAGUGCACACAGAAAUGCAUGUGGAUACUGCGAGCACAAAUACUGUUUAUUGUUGUACAACGAAUCAAACCUCUUAUUAGAUUAGAUUUAAAAUAAGCCUGUUUAAAGCCUGAAUAAUGCAGCAGUUUCUUGCAUAAAUCAAACCUCGGAUGAUCUUUACUCUCAAUUGUUAGUCUAAUCAUCUUUUCUUAAAUACUGUGUAUAUAAUAAAUACACAUUCAUUUGUCAAAACCGCUGUUAUGCAAACUGCCAUAUUCAGUUCAGUUCAUUCAAAUAGCUUUAUUGGUAUGACCGUAAGUAAAACAGUAUGGCCAAAGCUGAGCAUAUACGCAAAAAAAAAACAAUAGUAUAUUAUUAUUAUUAUUAUUGCUACUUCUACAUGACAAUUCAAGAUAUUCAGUAACAAAUUAGAACAUUUUUAACAUAUUUAGUUCAAUCCAAUGAAAAAAAAUUACAUAGAAAUUAAUUCUGCUGGUGUUUCAUGAUUAAGACCCAUUUCAUGUCCAGGUUUAUGGUCAUAUUGUUGGAGCUAGUCAAUUUAUUGUUUUUAAAUGUUUGUCGUUGUUUUUACU